GGUCUCAGAGAUCAAACGCAGGGCUGGGGGAGACAUUUGCAGCCAUCCAGGUACAAUCGGUACAAUCCCAUAGCUUCUAGGGAGAACAGUUGAGCACACAUGUUCAGAUUGUUCUAGCAGGGUCAGGAGUCAGGACUUGGGAGUGAGGAGGUACUGUAGUCCGUGCCCGUACCGCUAUGUGAGAACCGAGACCCAUCCCAAAGUGUGGGAUAGAGUGCAUGCAUUCAUACGGACAGGCACAGGGAAACUCGUUUCAUCAGCCCAGACGAGGGAACAACUCGGCUUUCCUCUCGAUCCACAUACGUGUAUGUACAGUGGCACGGGAUUGGAGAACUUGUGACUUGUUCAAUUGGACCUAGAAUUGGAUAAUUUGGCAUCUGUUCGAAGCCUCUGAAGCCACUGAGACAAGUGCAACAAAGGCGGUCAAGUUGUAGAAGGAAGGAGGGCAGAAAGAAAGAAGAAGGAACACCUUCGCUAUGGGCGACAACGUGGACGACAAGAAGGCCGAAACGGCUCAAGAACAGGGUCAAGACGAGUCAGUCAAAAACGAGUCUCAAGAGAGGGAGGAGAUGUCUCCUAAUAACGACACCGACAACGUGGCCAUGAUGGAGGAAGAUCCUACCCGAGCCAAAUUCAUCAACUCGGGAGAUUCCAAGGUGGAGAUUGGCAAUGAUGGCAAAGGAGCGGGGGCAGGGUCCAAUCUGUAUCCAGCCAUGACCAAGGCUGAGUUGAUGAAGUACGCCAAUGAUCCCUUCUGGGUCAAGUUGAGAUGGGGUCUCUUUAUCCUAUUCUGGUUGGUUUGGCUGGGCAUGUUGGUGGUGUCCAUCUACAUCAUCGUGGUGGCUCCCAAGUGUUACCGACCCGCUCCCAAAGAAUGGUGGCAAAAGGAACCCGUUUAUGAAGUGUAUGCCAAGUCAUUCAAGGACUCGGAUGACGAUGGCAAAGGCGACCUUAAUGGAAUCACUUCUAAGGUGGAUUAUCUGGCCGCUUUGGGCGUGGGCUCGGUUUGGAUCUCGCCUGUCUACUCGUCGCCCAUGAAAGACCAUGGCUACGAUGUUUCCAACUAUGUGGACAUUGACCCGACAUUCGGAGACCUCCAAGAUUUCAAGGAUCUUCUGGCCAAGUUGGAAGAACAUGGGUUGAAGCUGAUCAUGGACUUUGUGCCAAAUCAUUCCUCCGACCAACACGAUUGGUUCAAGAAGUCCGUUGACCGUGAAGAUCCGUACACGGACUACUACGUAUGGAAAGACGGCUCUCCCGGCAACCCUCCAACCAAUUGGAAAUCCGUGUUCAAUGGCUCCAUGUGGGAGUACCACCCCAAAAGAGGGCAGUACUAUCUCCAUCAGUUCUACAAGGAACAACCGGAUUUGAACUUGCGGAACCCCAAAGUAGUCGAGGAAAUGAAGAACGUGAUGAGAUUCUGGUUGGACUUGGGCGUCGACGGAUUCCGUAUUGACGCGGUUCCGCAUUUCUUUGAAGAUGAGGGCUAUAUGAACGAAAAGGAACUUAUUGCCCAGAGUGACACCUACAAGUCCGUGGAGAGGACAUAUACUUACAACCUACCCGAAUGUUUGGACCUUCUGCGAGAGUUCCGCCAAGUCUUGGACGCCAAGACGGCUGAAGAUGAAACCAAACCCAGGAUUAUGAUGACCGAGGCCUAUUUGGAUAUCCCUGAUCUGGUCAAGUACUACGGACAAGUCGUGAACGACAGCUUUGGAGACAUCUCUCACCUACCCUUGAAUCUGAACUUCUUGGAAGCCUUCAAAACCGAGGAGGAUCUGACACCAAUCAAGUUGAAGGAAACCAUCGACAAUUAUUUGGGUGCUUUGCCCGACAAGGCCAAGACUUGGCCCAAUUUCAACCUGGCCAACCACGACCAGAGUCGGCCCGCCUCCCGAUUCGGACAGCAACUGGCCGGGGCCAUGCAAAUGGUCAUGAUGAUGUUGCCUGGCACGCCCAUUACCUACUAUGGCGAGGAAAUCGGCAUGACCGACACCGAGAUGGCCAAUCCAGAGGACUAUCGCGAUCCCGCUAGAACGCCCAUGCAAUGGGACGACUCAGCCCAAGCCGGGUUCACGUCGGGCACGCCUUGGCUGCCGAUCAAUUCCAACUACGCGGAAGUCAACGUAGCUGCUCAGGACAAGACCGAGGUGAACAGCUUCCUAAACGUUUACAAGAAACUGGCCGAGUUGAGAACUCAGCCGUCGGUCUUGUUUGGCAGCACUCACAUGGUAGUACGGGAUGAGGUGUUCUUCCUGUCGCGUAUCCGCAAAGGAAAUCCCGGAUACUUGACCAUUGUUAACUUUGGGGACAGUCCUGUGUCCACCAAUGUAACCAUGAGCGACGCCUUGCCCAAUCUAGGGAACAAGGGCAUCGUGGAGGUCCGGACUACCGCCAAAACCGAGGCCAAGGCCACGUCUGGCGAAGCGGUCAAGUUUGAAGAUAUCAAGUUGAAACCCAAGGAGGCUAUCGUCGUUAACUUUGUGCCCAAUUUCUAGUUUUGGGGAUCAAUGGUCCACCUCGAGCGUAAUAAAUUGCAUUGCAUUGA